AUGCCAGUUGACCUUAUUGACUUGAAUGGCCCUGUCCUAUUAGACAGAUGCAUCAACAAAGUUCUGCCCAUAUGUAAUGGGCACACUGAAGAUAUCAAGGGAUUCCCAGUCUCAGAUAUCAGGAAGGCUCUCAUAGAUUACACAGCAUGUAAACAGGAGGAUGACUUGUACCAGCCCUUCAUCCUGGUGUUCAACACUGCUCUUGCACACCUGAAGAGGCUGAAGAUCAAUGAUGCUAGACUCGGCAGUUGCGAUGAGCAUGAAUACUUCGUGUCGAAGUACCAAGCUUCCAAACCAAAGUUUUUGAAGAUCAACAAAGAUGGAAAUGAACUGGAAGAAACAGAGCUGCCAGAGGUUCCUGUUGCUGAGCAAGCAACACUUGCAGAACAGGCUCUGCAUAAAUCAGCUUGCAAGACAACUCAGGAAAGCACUCAAAUGGCAUCCAGGAAAUGCAUGUUGGAGGCUGAUUCUGAGUCUCAUGUGCACAUUAUGUUCUUGCUAGCAACAACAUUUGGAUUUGGUAUUAUGACCACCAAGGCCUCAUCAGUGUGGCAGGUGAUUGAAUUUGGAGGACUGGGGUCGAAACACAGCCUUUCCAUGCUAUCAAAGAAGGUUCUUGGCCUCGAGAACCCUGAGAAAGGUAGCCAGAGGCUCGUCCUGCUCAUAUUCAAGAAGCUUUCACCAAUCAAAGAGCUCCAAGGUGACAAACUGGUCGAUGCAUGGUGGCAGUGUGUUUUGUGUCACUAUACCCUCUGGAGGGAGGGGAUCCAUCAUCAUGAUACUGGAACAAUGCCAUUCAUGGCGAUUGAUCUCCUCCAGAAAGAUGGCCAGGAUGGCAAAGUGAAGCACCAAUACCACCAUGAUAUUGAAUCAUUCAUCUACAUAUUCAUCUGGAUUUCCCUGCAGUACAAGGAUAGCAAGUUGGGGUGCAAGGGCAUCGCAUGCAAGACAAACAGAGAGCUCAGGGACAUCUGA